AUAUUUGCAUAUUUUUAAACAGAAUUGUUCGUCUGCUAGUACCCGUCCCUUUAGCUUUUUGGUCAUUCGUUUUGAGCUGUUGAUUUGAUUGUAUGGUCUGAUCGUAGACUUCGUAAAGCGUUCCAAUAAAGUCUGUCACCCUGGACGUUUUACAAUAUUCUGUGUUUAACGGUACUAACGACGACAAAAUGAUUGCCGCCGGAGAACCCCAAGUUUACAUUCCACAUGGAAAGCAAAUUUUGGAACAGUAUGAAAGUUCUUCGUACCGACGCACUUCAGCCUUUAACACGUCGUUAGAAUCGCAGGAUGUCUAUACUUUGUCAACCUUGGGUAUAGAAAACGAAGAAGAAACAGAAGUCUACAUUCAUGAAAACACAGUCGUCUGGUCAAGAGGUUAUGGAGAAGUCUACUGGGAGCUAGUAAAAAAAUACAUCUGUGAUGGACCAGUCCAACAAGCACUCUGGUUUGACUUUGAUGAGAAUCCCAACAGACCUUCCUGUGCAACUGUCAUGGCUACUAACAAACCACUUGGUCGAAAGAUCCCCAGUUUGUGCAUUGUGGAAAAGUCUAAAGUCACUAUUCACACAAGAGAUGGAGAUGAAUACAUUCUCGCCGUGCCGUAUGAGAUUCAUCGAGUGUGGCCCACACGAUUUGGACUAAUCUUCGAGAAGUGUCAAACGAGUAAUCCUGAAAUUCCCAAUUGGUUUUCACUUUACCAUCCGUUGGAGGAAAUCGUUCCAGUUGUUCUUCGGGACGGUGUUGAUCGUGACCACCUAAAUUUUGCCAAAGACAAGAAGCUAAAAUUCGUAUUUACUGGUGCUGAUCCGUCAAUUUGCGUCACUUACAAUGAAGACACCGGCUUGCACUCAAUUUGGUUGAUACGUAAAGCUGAAGUAGACGAAAGUCUCUGCAUGAGUGUCAGUAAUAAAGUUAACGCCAACCCAUCGGCCAACCAUUCGGCAUUCAGCGGCACGUUUAUCCCUUCCAACGUAGCCUCGCCUUCUCUGUCUAGAAGUUUUGCUCUAUCACAAAUCUACAACACUUCCUUUCAACAGUCUCCCGCUAAUUUGCCCAGUAUUUUCAAUACUACAGCCAACAAGACGCCCAAAUUCGAUCUUGAUCUGUCUCAUCGAUUCAACACUCCAAAAGGAUCCAAGAGUUACGCACAUUUUGCCAUGUCUUCCCUUCAGUUCAAUCAAUCCAAGAUUUCUGGCUCCCCGUUAAGGCGAAUGGGCUCUAAUAGCCGCACAAGUGCUAUUCUAGCUCGAACACCCGUUCCUUCUCCUUCAGCUUCUUCGCUUUUCAACGAGUUGGAAUCCCCAGAUGACGAAGAACCACUCUUGCCUGAUUUAUGCCUCCAAGUUUUGUGGACGGAGGACACGAAAAAGUCCAGCUCCAGUUCGGCUAUUAAAGCUUUCGUCGCUGUCGAUUGGUUAGGCAAAUCAUGCGUUUGUUGGCUGUUGGACGAUGAAAAGAUUUUGCGGUGUGUCGAUCUUAAAGUGACGGAGAACAGGAACACAGGAAAUCCUCUUUACAUUUGUUGCGCUCCUUGGACGAUUCCCGCAAAGGAUGCCGAAUACAUUCCUGGUCUGAAGGCUAUACUGGUACUUGAUCCAGUCUUGUCAGACGGGAAUAGCCUCACGCUCUACUCUGGCAACACCAAACUGGCUAAAGUUCACGUUCCCAAUUGCAGCCCUCCCUCAGGAACGGGUAUCUCACUAUCCAUACAGAGACUAAGUCUCGAGGCAUCCAGCAGUAACAGCAAAUUCAUUCCGUCAACGCCUCUGAAUUCAAGCCGGCGGAGCAGCCUCAUGCCCGAUUUGACUUCGUCGAUCAUGCACGAUUCAAGCGUUACUCUCAGUCCGAUUCCGGCCUCGUCUCCUCCACUAUCUUUCCGCACUCUACAGGAUGCAGUGGGCUGCCAGGUGACACUCAAAUGCUCCGAUCGAAGUCUUUUAAGAACAUUGCUUCCACCGUUAUGCACCUCGGCUUUGGUGGAACGUUGUUUGAGUUCAUUGCGAGCCGCAUUACCUUCUGAUAUUUAUCUGGCUGUCGCUUCUAAAUUUUAUUGUGUUCGUAAUGCACCUGGCCCUUCGGACUUCUCUCCUCCAGCGGAGUUUGAUGCCUUCCGUUCUACGCUCCUAACUUUAUUGGGAUUCGACGCCAAAUCACUGGAUAUAUCAAUUUCUUCUAUUGCCAGCCCCAUUAUUGAAUCGAAGAAAAGUCGGACAAAUUUGGAAGAAGGAGCCAACGAAGAUUGGCAAUAUCUGGUGGAGUCACAAUACGCUCGGAUAUUUUCCCAGUCGCUUGGAUUAGAUACUUCUCGCAUCUUUAAUCCCAUCGGCCAGCAGUCGAUGGUGCAAGUCACUAACGAUUCGCCCUAUUUCACGUAUCUACCACACGUUUUGCUCGUGCUUCAUCUACUCUUUGAGGACCUCAAGUUGGAUGCCCUCUUGUGGAAUGAUGCCCAACUUUUGGUGACGCUUCUUAUCCCUUUGGCUUCAGCUCUCAACUUAACGCAGUACUGUGAUUCGUAUUGGAGAGAUUUCCCGCUCGUUUGGAACACCGCCAAUAUCAAACUGGGUGUUCUUCAACCAACGGAUUUAGAUAAACUCCAAGGGAUGAUUCAGCGAAUAGAGGUUCCGUCCAAUAUUCACAGCCACCUGUUGGCGCUCAUGAGUAAAAAGAAGAUCCACAGCCCGUAUCCACAUGUAAAACUGGUCAAUACUCGUUCCAGAGAUAUCAUUACUCUCUUUGCCAUCCUUUACGGAAGAGCGGAUGAACAUCAUCUGGUGUCUGUUCACGAAUACGUCCGCGAUUUUGAAUGGGUAGAACACACUGGCAGAGUUUCACUACCAUUUAAUGUUGUAGUUCCAAAUGAGGAACGAAGACAGAUCGCUUUGGUUUUAAAAAUGUCUUCGUGCGGAUGGACGCGGGAGGAUCUCAACGCUUUACCAGCCGGAAUAGGAUUACCUUUACGUUAUGCUCUGUUCCGUUGCCAACUAGAUCCACCGACAGAUUGGCCUGACGAAGCAUACAAACUGAUCAACCGACAAGACAUGUGCCAAUCCUCGGCUGGCUGCACUGUCCAGGUGUCGCCGUCAACUGCCCCGGAAUUGAAUUUAAAAAUUGAAGCGCAAAGGAGUAAAACAGCCGGCAGUGGGGGUAAUAGCAAAGACGACCAUGCCGAAGACGGAAUGGAAGAAGUAAUUGAAUUACCCAUCUGGAAGUUACUUUUUCCUCGAGAUCAUCGUAUCCAGGAAAUUCGUCGUCUUCUUGGCUCUUCUCGACCAGUAGCUGUCGUCCUCCCAGCUUCGCAACAACAAGGACUAAGUGAACAUGAAUUGAUCGAGGAGAGAGAGAAGCAGUUACUUGUACUUUGCAUCCGUGUCAUGGCCCUGUCUGUUGGCCGUGGAAUGCUCACUCUUCACACUGCUACACCCACCGUCACGGAAACUUUGUCUAUUCCAAAAUUGUGUUUAAAUGGUAAGACGCCUCACAAUGGUGCGGCGGUGGAUAUGACGCACAUUGACGUACCUGCCAAUAUGUCACUUUGGCCGCAGUUUCACAACGGUGUGGCAGCUGGCUUAAGAGUGUCUCCGGAUUCAAAAUAUGUCGACAGUAAUUGGAUUAACUUGAGCCGUGGUGGGAAUCGUUCAGGAGCUGCAGUUGGAUCAGCUCCGGGAGAGUUAAACGCCGAAGUGGCUGGUUUCCUACUAGGACUAGGAAUAACUGGACAUUUAAAUAAAUUCAGCGACCUUGUCAUUCACGAGCACUUAAACCGCGACCAUGAAAUGACGCAAUUGGCAUUGGUGUUGGGUCUUGGCAUAGGAAAGCGUGGCUCUAUGGAAGCGGAUACUCUUCGAAUAAUCUCUGUUUACGUCGAAUCUUUGUCACCUGCUUCGUCAUCCAGCAGCAACGGUUGCGGCGGGGGCUCGAUUGAAGUGCCCCAAAAUGUCCGUGUGGCUGCCCUCAUGUCCAUCGGUUUCCUCUAUCAAGGAUCGGCGCAUCGCUACAUGACAGAAGUGCUCCUGGCUGAGAUUGAUCGACCACCUGGACCGGAGAUGGAUAACUGUGUUGAUAGAGAGUCCUAUUCUCUUUCUGCUGGUCUGGCUCUCGGCUUAGUGACUCUGGGCCAAGGCGGACAAAUGACGGGGUUAGCCGAUCUCCGAUUAGCAGAUACUCUCUAUCAUUUCAUGGUGGGAGGAACGAAGCGCAACUUUAACACGUCCAAUGCCCGCCCCAGAAGCAUGACGUCAGCUAGCUACCAGAUUCGUGAAGGAAACACAGUCAACGUGGAUGUCACUGCUCCAGGAGCCAUUCUUGCUCUCGGGCUAAUGUUUCAUCGUACAAAUAACGCAGCCGCGGCCAAAUGGAUGGAAGCACCUGAUUCACAGCAACUACUCGACUCGAUAAGACCAGAUUUUCUAUUACUGCGCACAUUGGCACGGGGGUUGAUCCUGUGGGACGACGUAAUGCCCACGCGCGAUUGGGUCGAAUCCAAUGUCCCUCCUAAUAUUCGUCGCUAUUCACUACGCAAUCCGGGUGAUCCUGACAGUCAAUCUCAACAAGUCGAUUACGAAACUAUGAAUCAAGCUUUCUACAAUAUCAUGGCAGGCUCAUGCUUUGUCCUGGGUUUGAAGUUCGCAGGAUCAGCCAAUGCGGAUGCUUUCAACACUUUGUAUCGUUAUUCCAAAGUGUUGAUCUCGCUGUCGGGUCGUUCCGUUGCGGAAUGGGCUGGAAAAGCGACUCUUGAAGCCUGUCUCAACACUCUAGUAUUGUCCCUUUCCAUGGUCAUGGCCGGUACAGGAGAUUUGCAAGUUCUGAGGCUUUGUCGUCACUUACGCCUAAGGAGCGGGACCUUUAGUAAUGUUGUUACAUAUGGAUCACAUAUGGCGACUCAUAUGGCACUGGGAUUCUUGUACAUGGGAGGUGGCCGGCUAUCACUUAGCACGUCGCCGGAGGCAAUCGCUGCAUUAGUAUGCGCGUGCUACCCCAAAUUUCCUACUCACUCAAACGACAAUCGAUACCACCUCCAAGCACUUCGGCAUUUGUACGUUCUAGCAACCCAGCCCCGUUUGCUGAUGCCUAUUGAGAUGCCCAACAUGCAACCUUGCUACACUAACCUACAAGUGGUGUUUAAUGACGCGGAUAGCUCAUCAUUUCAGUUGCGAGCUCCUUGUCUGUUGCCUGAAUUACGUUUUCUCCAGCGCGUCCAAUUGUUUGAUCCUCGUUAUCGCAGCAUCGUUUUUGAUCGACAGCACAACUGGGGCAAGCUGGAAUGCAUUCUUCAAGGGAAAGACCACCUUAUUGUUCAGCGCAAGGCCGGCUGUUUGUCAUACACUGAAGAUCCUACUGGUUUAGCGUCGUUAGCUACUCCGACCCUUUCGGCCUGGGCUAUUCGUGCUUCGACGGUCGCCAAUUUCACCACAGACAAGUUCGUCAUAUUCCUUUGCCGUCACUUUCUCGGCGCGUCAGACCGUGGCCAAUCACAGAUUCUUAUCGAACAGGAGUCAAAACCAUUAGAAACGCAACUUCGCCUUCUUAGUCUCAUUCUUAAUGACUGUGUUGUAAAUGAAAAGACCGAGAUGGUUAAACCAUGGCUCCAGCUUCUACACAAAUCUGAUCAGAGGGACUCGUCAACUCUUCCGCUCUGGCAACUCAAGUUUCUCAUCAACUUUCCCACGAAGAACUUGCCUGCCUCUGUUAAUUCAACACCUUUCAUCGAUCCAGAAAUGGUGCUGGCUCUUCGUCACGAACUUGAGUCUAGCUGGGAUCACCUUGAUACGGAAUUGCGCACCAGCCUCAACACUUAUCUGUCGGGUAGAGAUACUCCCCGUGAACGAUCGCAGUCGGUAAAGUUGGCCAACCUAACCGUGUUUUAUGACCUUCCGAUGCCGAUGCCUGAAUUGGAUUCCGACCCCGUUUCACUGUUGCUUCAAUCAGGAGAUCAAAAACUAGCUGCUCGUUUAGCCAUUCUUCUUCAUCUGUGAUGGUAAAUUCAUUGAUAAAAUAAUAAAUUAUUUUAAUCUUG